AGCUGAGGGAUCUGCACGGCCAGCGCCCGAAGGGAGCGGGGGCGCUGGGAGGAGAGAACCUUUCUGGAGGUCCACGUCUCUAAGCAGGGGGCGAGGUCUAGACCAAUGGGCGAAGGCUGGACUAAUGACGAGGGUUGGACCAUCAGGCAAGGAUUGGACCAAUGGCGACGUGUCAUCGUUGUCAAGAUGCCGGGCUGGACGGUCCAGUGGCUUGAAUGAACUGCAAGAGACCUUCCUUCCGCCCGUUCAGUAAAUCGCCCGGGGCGAAUAAGGCUUUUAAAGCAAGUGCUCUAGCUUCCUCCAUAGAGAGCCGGGUCAAGUACCCGGGAGUUCCGAGGGUCUCAGUUAAACCCACCCGCCUGCACUGUGAAGCCCGCGCAGGGACCUGAAACCCGGCUGCUGCCGCGGAAGACCUCCGGCUCCCGGGAGGACUGGAUCCCGCACCCGCCUGGUCCCAUUCACGCGUGGUGGCCACGCCCCCGCACGCCGAUUGGCCGGGCUGUGGGCUCGGGGUCGCGCGGGGAAGACCCGGAGGAGCGGAAUCCACCAAGGAAUGGGCCCCGCGACCUAGCUGCGCAUGCUCGCUCCGUGACCCCAGCUUGAGGUGACGGCCGCAGCCGAGGCCGCAGACCCCCAGCACCCCGGCGGAGGAACCCGCCGCGGCUCUGUCGCCGGCGAAGGAGGGCACGCUGCCGUCGGACAGAGUCCCUGGACUCCCAGGCUCCUGGACAGGGAAGAGGAAGAAGAAAAGAAACCCAUUAGCCAAACGCUGAACGUGGGUGACCGGAGGGCUGGACAUUGGUUCCAGGAUGUCCCUGCCUAAGUCCAGUGAUCAGGAAGGCAAGGGUGUGAAGGCCGACCAGGAGCCGUCCCCGGAGGCGGGCACGGAUGUCAUUCCGGCAGCCCCCAGGAAGCCCAGGAAGUUCUCCAAACUGGUCCUGUUGACAGCCUCCAAAGACAGCGCCAAAGUGGCUGGGGCCAAGCGCAAAGGAGUACACUGCAUCAUGUCCCUGGGGGUACCGGGCCCUGCCACCCUGGCCAAGGCCCUCCUUAAGACCCAUCCAGAGGCUCAGCGGGCCAUUGAGGCAGCCCCUCAGGAGCCUGAGCAAAAACGCAGCAAGCCGGACUCCGACUUUGGCGGCAAGGAAGACAGCGGAUUUGCAGCCACGGAUCCCGCUGGGCGCGGGGAGCCCACUGCCGCCUGCCCUGCUACACCCAGUGCGUCUGCGUAACCUUGGCAACGGCAGCUGCUGCGUCUUCACUGCCAAGCAACUGGGUGGUUCUGCUAGUCCACAGGACUUCCCAGGCGGGGUCGUUGGCGGAUUUUCACUUUCAACAUUGUAUAAUUUAAACAGAUGUUUACAUCAAGCCUAAGUUACUUUUGUAAGCAGGAAACAAAAAAUCAAAAGGAGAAUUUUAAAAGCUUUAUGCUAUUUCCCAUCAUGAACAGGUUUUAAACAUCCCAAGAUUUGAGACUUUGGGAACCUGACUCCAACUCUGCCACCCUGGGGCCCUCUCUCCCCCAUCAGCCCUCACCUGGCCCUGCCCCAGAACUGCCUGGCCUGGGUCAUCAGACUAGUGGGCUCUUCACUGGGGUUUCCAACCCCCAGGCCUCACCCCAUGGGCCUCCUCAAGCUGGAAAACCAGCUACUGACCAUAACCAGGUGAAGCCCCCGAGGUUUCCCCUUCCUGCUGCCCUUGGUCUGAAAGGGGAUGGCGGGAGCUCUGCCCUGUGCCUGAUAUCACCAGACCCUGGGUGCUGCCUGACCUUCCCCGGGGGAACCUGACUCCCUCCUGCUGGGUCCACCCAGGAUGCCCCUUAGUCACUGCCCUCCCUGGUCCAAGCUCCUCUUCCUCAGGAAGCCUCCUAGACAUGGCUCCCAGGCACUGAGCCCACCCUACUGAGGGCGGCGGCUCCAGUCCUAUGCUGUGGAAGGGGUGAGCCUGCAGCUCCUGGGGUCUGGAAAGGAUCCUGACAAAAGUGCCAAGUGGCCUCCUACAUUCUUUUCAGGUGAUUUGGGGGCUGCAGGAGAUUCCCUGGAACCUGAGCCCCUGCCCAAGCUCAUGGGGGCUGCCCUGCUGGAGGGGAGAUGAAGGGAACUCAGUUACCCUCCUCAAGGUUAGAGGUUCCCAGAGAACCCCAGGGGGCAAAGCUUUAGCCUCCAGACCUUUCACCUCGUGGUCCUUAGUUGAAAAUUGCCUCUGGGCACAAGGAAUCUUUUUUUAAAUGCUGGAUGUAGAGACCUUGUGUUCUUAAACAUUUAUUCAAAAUUAAUUAAAUUUAUCCAAAAUUGCUAGGUGCAGUGGUAAAGGCCUGUAAUCCCAGGGACUUGGUAGGCAGGAGGAUCACAAGUUCAAGGCCAGCCUCGGCCAAUUUAGCAAGACCCUGUCUUAAAAUAAAAAAUAAAAUCGAAAGGACUGGGGAUGAGCUGGGCCUGGUGGUGCACUUCUGUAAUCCUAGGGGUUUAGGAGGUGAAGGCCAGAGGAUCACAAAUUCAAGGCCAGACUCAGCAACUUAGCAAGACCUGUCUCAAAAACACUGGAGAUGUACUCAGUGGUUAAGCAGCAGCCCUGGGUUCAAUCCUCAGCAACCCCCGCCAAAAAAAGAAUUUAACUGCAUCAAUUGACUCCACAGGAAACAAAUUACCUGGUAAUUCUUACCCCAACUCCCCAUUUUGCUAUAUUAUUUUUAUAACAUUGUAACAUUUCUAUUCUGUUCUGCACCUGUAAUUGGAAAUUUCUUUUGUCUUCAUUCUUUGUUCAAAUAGAGUCCACUAUGCUCUCUCCA